AUGGCAUCUGACGUUAAAGAUCUUACUAGAUUUUAUGCUAAUUUACCCUCGAUCUUUGAAACUGAUCCAUCAACGAUCAGUAAAUCAUCUUCCGAUGCGAUUACAAAAAUUCUUAUUAGUGAAAAAACAUAUCCGCCAAUAUUUGGCUCAUUCGUAUUCACCAGCUCAGAGCCAUUUACUCAGGCUGCAUUUAUUAAUUCUACAUUUCCAUCGAAUGACGUGAAGACAAAUCAAGAAGAACAAAUGAAUGAUAAUAAUUCUGCAUUCAAAGACAAUAAUAUUUCAAAUACUAGUGAUAUUCAAUCUGAAUUACAGUCAUCAACAAUACCAAUCGAAGACAUUAGUGAUAUGGACGAUGAAGAUGAUUUUGAUGGUAUUUCUAUUCGAUAUGGUUCUACUUUGAUAAAGAAAAAUCUUGAUAAUGAUUUAAUACACAAUCAUUCUGAGAAGAAGAAUUUACUAGAUAUAUUUACUUCUUCUCUUGAAAAUACUCAUGAAGAUAACAAUGAUAAUGAAGGUGACGACGAUGAUGAUGUCGAAUUAUUUUUAAAUGGUUUCACAGAUGAACAACAACAUGAAUCAGAAAUAAUGCCAGCUUUAUUUAAAAAUAUUCCUGAUAUUGAUGAUCCAAAUGAACCUGAAAACGAAGACGAUGAUGAUAAUAAUAAUAAAAUGCUAUUUGAUCCUAUGGAUAUGUUCGAUCGAUCAGAUUCAAUAUGUUCGUCAUCACCUGAUUCUCUGUUAUCAUCAUCACAUUUACGUGAAGACGACGACGACGACGAGGAGGAGGAGGAGGAGGAGGAGGAGGAGAAGGCUCAUGCUGAAAUCGAUAAGAAUAACGAUGAAGAAGAAGAUGAUGAUGUCACACAAUGGAAUGAUGACUUUAUUCUUAGAAAAACAACUUCUCAAAAUAAUCGACCAAUUGCUCUCUUACCACCACUUCCGAUAGCUUUAAAUUUAAACCUUCACGAUCAGGUAGAUUUUAUUGAUUCAUCACGUAGUAAUUCAAGAUGUUCGAAUGAUUCGCUACAUUUAAGUAUCGGUUAUCAUGAUCAAGCACGAAUCUUUAUCGAAGAUGAUGAGGAUCAUGAUGAUCUUUCCACAUCAUCUGAUUCUAAUAAUAAUGAAGAUGAAGUUCAUUUUGAAAAUGAUAUAUCCAAUCUUGACAAUAUUGAAGAUAUAUCCUUACAAAUUAAUCUUGAUUAUCAUCGUUCACGAUCAUCUUCAGAAUCUUCAUAUCAGGAGAAUCAUCGUUCCCAUUCAUCAUCUCCCAUUCCGGAUGAGUCACCUAUAAUUGCUAUUGAUGAAGACAUGCAUGAAACAAAACCACUUCAAUCAGCUCCUAUAGCUUUGCUUAAUGAUGAGAAUGAUUUAGAAACAUUUACUUCUAAUCAACCAAUAUUGUCUAUAAUAUCAUUAGAAAAUCUUUCUCAAUUGAGAAAUCAACUUAGACAAAAUGAAAUUAUUCAUGAUAUUAUCGAUAUGAGAUAUAUUCUAAAUGAACAUGAUAAUGACGAUGACUUUUUGGCUGUUAUGCAUAAUCCAAGUAUAUUUGAAGAAGUAUUAUACGACAAUGAACAGUCAUCCGAUGAAUUAGCCAAGCAAAAAAAUAGUUCUAUUAAUACGUCCGAUGCGUCACCAUCAGCCCAACCGUGCAUUCCGAAUAAAAUUCAAAGGAAAUCAAUCGAGCAUUACAAAUAUCGUCAGCAAUCAUCCUCAUUAUCAGUAUCGAACAGCGAAGAGUAUGAUCCUUUUAAUAUAAAAACAACAAACAAUCCGUCUAAUACUACUACUGCUGCUAUUCCUGUCAAUCACCUUCUCGUACAACGAGAAGAACAGGAGCAGGAAAAUAUUGAUAGCAUCAAUUGUCGUAAUAUACUCGAGAAAAAAGAAGAGAAACUGGACGGAGAGAGUUGUUCGAACGUCAACAUACAGGAUAUUGUUAGCAAUAGACAAGUACAAAGAAAUCUUCAUCGAAUGAUGAGUUCAGAUGAUGAAUUUGAUAAUGAUUCUGAAUUAUUAAAUACUCUUGCUCAACUUCACGGUUUAGUUUAUACGCCUCGAUUAUCGUCUGAUAAUUAUAAUCAAAACCUAAAUACAACAAAUCUAUUAAAUGAAAAAAAUCAACAACAUGACAAAGAUCUAAGUAAUACUAUUCAUUGCCAUGAAAGUCAAAAGGAAAAUAAUUUUGAAAGAAAAGGAGGACAACUUCCGUCGACAUUUUUUUCUUUGACAUCUCUAACAUCUUCUGGAUUACUUAACGAUGACGAAUCCCAUUCUGUUGAUAUUAUGGUCGAUUCUGAUGGAUCAUCGUCGCUUAUAACAUCGACAAAUGAAUUUAACGAUUCAUUAAUAUUGUCAAAUCAAUUAGUAAUCGAUGAUUCUCAAAUUAGAAAUACAAAUAUGUAUGAUAGUUUACAUCAAACAGCAAUGACAAUCAACGACAAUACGAAUUCAGAUUAUCUGCACAAUCGAUCAAUCCCUUGUGAAUCUUUAUUUACUAUAAAUACAGAUAACAAUGAUUUGAUAACAUAUUUACAUUGGAUUAUAAGUCAUUUAAAUGAUGAUUUACAAUCUUCAACUCCAUUAAAUACAAUCGAACAUUCUAAUAAUGAACAUCAACAAUCCGAUAGGAAUCAGCAAGAAAAUGUUAUGUUAUCCUCUGUUGAUAUUGAUAUUAUAUUACUAGUUGAACAAUUGGUUUCAGAUGUCGUACAAUUCGUAUUAGAUGAAAUCAAUGAAGCGAAACGACAAGCAGAACAUCUCGCUGAUCGAAUAUUAUCACAAGCAAUUUAUGAAGUUAACAACGAGGAUAAUAGAUUAGCCAUUGAUAAUCUUAAAUUGAAUAUCAAUCAUGAUGUUCAAACAAAUGAACAGCUGCUAGAUCCGUUUGAUCAAAAAUUCGAUAGUCUUUGGACUAAACAAUUUCAAAUAUCGAAUAAUAUCAUCGAUGAGAAUAAUUUUGAUCCAAUAUCAUUCUAUUCGAAUACAUUUGAUGAAUCCAUUUCACCAUUUUCAUUAUUUACAAAUCCUUUUGACACAGCCAUAACAGAUAAUAAUUUAACGCAAUAUUCAUUAAUAGCAUUUGUUAGAAAUAAUAAUAAUAUUGACCACAGUUCUAUUUUAAAUAAGAAUCAACCAUCAAUAGACACUGAUGAUAAAAUUCAUUUAGCAUCAACAAAUUUAUCGUCAACUGAGAAUCAACUCGCCACUGAUACAACACAACCAACAGCAAACAAAGAAGAUGAUAGUACAAGUUCCGAUAGCGAUGAUGAUGAUGAUGCGCUGAAAAGAACACCUACGUUCUUUGCAACUACAUCACGUAUGUUAGAAUUUGAAGCCUAUGCUAGUGAUCAACUACUUCAUACAUUAGAUGACGCAUCAGCUACAGAUGCAGUUGAUAAUCAAUCUGAUGAAACAUCACCUAUGAAAAAGUCAACAAUACCAUUUGAACUAGAAUCCGAUCCGGUAAAUGCUUUGAAUAAUGGUGACGAACCAUGGGAACUUGAGGAUAGUGGUGAAGAAAAUGGAAACACCCUACAUCAUAGUAUUAAAAAAAAGUUUGAUUCAUAUGAUAACGUACCAUUGGAUUCCCCGACAUCAACAUUAACACGAACAUUACCACCAAAACUAAAAGAUACGUACCAUGGAGAGAGUAGUGACGAAGAUGAAAAUGAAAAUGAAAAUGAUAAUUAUGAUAAGUAUUUUUCACAACAAAAACCAGCUGAAAAUUCUGAAGGACAUUCAACAAAAACUGUACGUUUUGAUGAUAAUAUAGAAAAAGUCGCCGUUUUAACACCAAAAGAUAGUCUUGAAGAAUCAUUAGAAGAAGCAAGUUCAACUACUGACUCAGCUGAUGACACUGACAACGAAGAAAUACCGGCAAAUUUUUCAAUGGUUAAUGAUCGAAUUACUGAUUUUAUGAAUGAGAAAGAAACAAAUAAUACUAUUAAAACAACUGAAGUUGUGACACGUCAUGUAGUUCAUGAGCCAGAAAGUCACAUAUCAUCAACAGAAAGUGAAGACUUACCACCACCAUUACCACCUUUACCACCACUAAAUAAAAAAACAACCACUACUUCAAGUGAUAACAUUCCAUUAAAAUCAGCACUAUCGUCGUCGCCAAGAGUUAAUAUAGAUUUAAAAAAUAGAAUACAUUCACGUUCUGAUCCAGAAAUUACUCCAACCGUUCAAACAACAACUGAUGAUAAAUUACUCAGCAAUGCAGAUGCACCAAUUCUUCGAUCGUUCGAUUCAGGUAGAGUAAUUUAUGUUUUUUUUUCUUGA